AUGGAACAGAAUCCCGGAUUCAUUGCUGCUGUGGAGGAGGCAAAAUUGGGGGCUGCAGAGGGCGGUGUGCCCAUCGGUGCAUGCCUUGUCGCGGCCGAUGGCAAGAUCCUGGGCCGCGGUCACAAUAUGCGGGUGCAGAAAGGAAGCCCCAUCCUGCAUGCCGAGAUGUCCGCGCUUGAGAACUCUGGCCGUCUCCCCGCAUCCGCCUACGAGGGUGCCACUAUGUUCACCACCCUGUCUCCCUGCGACAUGUGCACCGGGGCCUGCAUUCUCUACAAGAUCAACCGCGUGGUAAUUGGCGAGAACGUUAACUUCAUGGGUGGCGAGGAGCUUCUGCGCAGCCGUGGCAAGGAGGUGGUCGUGCUGGAUAACCAUGAGUGCAAGACUUUGAUGUCCACAUUCAUGAAGGAGAAGCCGGAGCUCUGGAACGAGGAUAUUGCCGUCUAA